GUCAGGGACGACGGCAACCCACUUAAAAACUUGCUUGUCCGUCGCUACUCUAACAGUCUGGAAAUCUCCGAGCUAUGGCCAACCAUUACGGAAACAUCAACCAGAAGUUUGCUGAGCAGCUUUUUAAGUAUGGGAGACAGAGGAUACCACAGUAUUCCAAACAGCAUCCUGUUAUUCCCCAUCUGUAUGUACCAGAGUGGAAAACUGACAUGAGGAACAGAAAUCUCAUAAUUAAGAAUGCCUCCAGUGGAGGAGUUCCUCAUUAUGAACAUGAUGAAAAUUUGUUUCUGGAAAAACGUGAACAGAUGAUGUAUAAUGUGGAAAACAGAAACCGUGUCGAGUCCAAAGGCAGGUUUCAAGAGAGAUUAAAACUGCUUCAGUCAAACAUUCAAGGAGCAAGUGAGAGCAAAGUUGAGAAACACACUACCUGUUUAGAAGAACAUGCAGCAUGACUGGAUGCAUCAUAGAUACAAUACAAUGUGUUACAUGUACUUUCAGCUAUUAGCAUGGAUAGAUUCAUUACUGUACACUAAGGAUGUGUUUUGUUGGUUAUAAGUCCAAGCCUCUGCUAAUAUAUAUCAGCAAUGAUUGCCUUUUAGUGUGAGUGGACAUGCACUUUUGAAGUUCCAGUUCUUGAUGUUAUGCAAAUUAUCUUAAUACCAACUUUAUGAUAUUGGCCAUCAUGUUGUGAGAAUCCACUUUAAACUGUUUAACAUAUGUGCAAUGGAGUUAAAGAUGUAAAAUGAACAAAAUCACUUCGAUGAACCUGGUAUACAUUUGUGGCAGAAAUGUCUUUCCUGAAUGUCUUUUUCAAUUAUAAUAUAUUUUUUAUUAUAAAGACUUGUUGUUUUAUUUUUCCUGAUGGUAUAAACUGUUGUUGUUCAAGCCAAAUAAUUCCAUAGCAAAUGGCUUUCAUUUUAUUGUUUUUUUGUACAACCAAGAGGGAGGAAACAUUGUGCAAACAAAACAUGUCUCACGCAGUUAUUCACUUUAGAAAUUAUUCAAUAUGUAUGAAGAAUAAAAAUAAUCUCUUAGAGCGACCACCAUGUUCUAAGUUUUACGUUGGUGAAUAUCAAAUUUUUUUGUCUGGUAAAAUAUGUAGCUGACAAAUGUUUUGUUUAUUUGAUUUAUUUGAUUGGUGUUUUACGCCGUACUCAAGAAUAUUUCAUUUACAUGAUGGCGGCCAGCAUUAUGGUGGGAGAAAACUGGGCAGAGCCCAUGAGAAACUCAUGACCAUACGCAGGUUGCUGAAAGACCUUCCCAUGUACAGCUGGAGAGGAAGCCAGCAUGAGCCGGAUAUGAACUCACGGAGACCACAUUGGUGAGAGACUCCUAGGUCAUUUCGCUGCACCAACUGAGCCACAGAGGCCCCUAGCUGACAAAUGUGAUGAAAGAUAAACAUCAUGCACCCCUAAACCCCAGUUCAGUAAAGAAAGAUAACAGGUCUGGCAAACUUACUCUUGACGUAUUGUUUAUGCAAAAAACAUGUACACUAAAACGACGACCUUUGGCACAGUUUUGAUGAACUUUUCCACAUCUACAUUGUCACAGACAAGAUUGAUUCAAAUGUAGUUGAGUGGGGGAUGGGUGUGUGUGGGUCUGAUUUAGGCAAAGCACUGGGAACUAAAUACAUGCAUGGUGAUGGCCAAUUGCAGAGGUUCUAGCCCAAAGCUUGAAUAGGAAACUUCAGCCUGCCAGCAUACAAGUAAUAAUGUAUGAAUAUUUAACCUAAAAUUUUAAGGUACAUGUGUAGCACCAGGCAGGAUACCCUGAACAGUUGUUGAUGUGUUAAAAAAAUAAUUGAGAUAACGUGUAGAACAGCUGACACACUUUAAAGUAAAAGAAAGCUAAAAUAUGAAAUAAAGUUCAUCAAACAGACAACUGAAAACUAUGGGUAAAAAACCUUUCAUUUAUAUUUCCAGAUGUUUUUUAAGAGUGUUUAAAGGCAUUGAAACAUUUGUAAUUUAUGGUGGGCUUGUGAGCCAUACGGAUGAUAUCACAUCACCUGUUUUUCUGAUAUUCACAUGAAGGAAGGAAUUUUUGGGAACAUUAUUUCAGUAAUUGUUUACUCAUGGGUAAAAAGAGUUAUUCCAACAGUCAGUGUCGUGAUUAGAGUAUAGAAAUCUUCCUAUGACGAGUCCCUAAACUCAGAUAGUAUGGUCCAUAAAGCACAUCAAAGAAUUAAAAUGUUUUAAUGCCUUUAACUCCUUUCACAAAAAUCUAAAAAAACAAAUGAAAAAAUAUUUAUGCAUAGUUUAAAGUGGUUUAUUUAGUGAUGCCAACUUUUACUUUAGAGUUCUUUUCGUUUAAUGUAGGAUUUAAGAUUUGGUACAUGAUAAUUAUGAUAAAAUACUUUGUGGGUUUGCCUGGUCUGCUCCCACCAUAGUGCUGACUGCUGUAGUAAGUGAAAUAUUCUUGAGUAUGGGGUAAAACACCAAUCAGAUAAAUAUAUGUAUACAGGUAAAUACAUUGUACAUCUACUUUAUCCUAGGUUGGGGCCCAUAAAGCACUGGCUUGCUGCUCUGGUCAGUUACUUGACCACUGAUAUUUGAUUAUAAUGUAUGAUUUGAAAUUUGGACUUAAGUCUUAGAUCACUUUGCGAUCACGGGACCAGGUCUUUAUAUACAGCUCUUGCUGUUUUGGCAGCGGCCUGAAGUCAGAGGGAUUUUCAGGUAGACCUACAUGGCAAGGG